GCCGUUUCAAUGCAAUGGAAUUUUCAUUUAUUAACAAAGCGAACUUUGACAAGGAUUGUAUAUAUAAUACGAAUACACAAUUCUAUAAUAAUAAUAAUACCAAUGGCGGGCUAUCCGUUGCCAAUCAUAUGAGCCAUUAUAAUUUAAUGAUUGAUUCGGGCUAUAAGCUCUGUGCCAAUGAAACUGCAAUGAGAAAUUCUUUGAAUCAAGAUACGAAUUUAUUAUUUUCAAAAAUAACAACAGUAUCGGAAUUUUAUCCUGGACCACAUGAGAUUGCCUCCUUCAAUUCCGAUUUUCAUCUGAAGUCUUAUGGUGAUGAUGCUUCAAGCUUGGCAGAUAAAUCGAAACAGAGGCGAAUACGAACAACAUUUACAUCAAAUCAAUUGAAUGAGCUUGAAAAAAUAUUUCUAGAGACUCAUUAUCCCGAUAUUUACACAAGAGAAGAGAUUGCAUCAAAGUUACAUUUAACAGAAGCUCGAGUACAGGUAUGGUUCCAGAAUCGUAGGGCAAAAUUUCGAAAACAGGAAAGACAUGCGAUUUACAUUAUGAAAGAUAAAUCCGCUAAAAUGGAUAAUCGCAAGAACAUUUCAACUGGAACUAAAUAUUUUAAUGCUGCAGUGAAAGGAAAUGCACAUUCACGUCAAAUGAAAAGCAUCUACGAUAAAAUAUGAAAACCACCUAUGUAAAUAUUUCUAACAUAACAAAUCAUUCAAUGUACACCAUUA